AUGUUUCCAGGAAAUCAACAUACCUAUAAUAGUGCUGACAACGUUGUAAAUGAAGGAGUUGAUAAUAACAAUAUUUAUCUCAUGAAUUCCUCAAUUCACUUACUUUCAGUGGAAUUCCACUUGCAAAACUUAAUCUUAAGGUUGGUGCUUCUUAGAAAUCUUACUCCAAAACAAGGUCUUUGUAAUGGUACUCGCUUGGCAAUCAUCAAUAUGACUGAUAAUGUUAUUGAAGCUCAAAUACUAUGUGGUGAUCAUUCUGGAGAAUUAACAUUUAUACCGCGAAUUACAUUGACACCUUCAACUUCUGAACUUCCAUUGUUUUCAGAAGAAGACAAUCUUCGAACACCAGUGUUCUCUCAUGGACAACUUUAUGUUGCUCUUUCAUGUGGCACCUCUCCGCAUAAUAUUAAAGUUCUUUUACCUCUUAACGAUAUUAAUACAACAACAAAUGUGGUAUACCUGGAAGUACUUUAG